AUGGGGCUUUUCGAUGGUGGGGGGUCGGUGCUCUUCACGCAUCGAGGGUCAGCAGCCGUCAUCAGCACAGCUACUCCAGGGGCAGGUGUCUGGCCAAAGGAGGCGACUGGCCGGCCCGCGCGUGCUCGCUCCGUGCGGUGGGGGGCUCGUGCCCCCCCACUGCCGUCCUCACAGCCGGUGGGCCCGGAGCCCCGCAUGGAGGGGAGAGGACCCUACCGCAUCUACGACCCGGGGGGCAGUGCGCCUCCAGGAGACGCGUCCGCAGCCGCCGAGCGCCUGGCGGAGAACUCCAGACUGAAGGAGAAGACGCGAGGCGAGCAGAUGCCGGGAGAGCUCCUGGGGGAGUCGCAGCUGGAAGCGUCCAGGCUGCGGCAGAAGGCGGAGGAGCUGGCCAAGGGCAGCGAGCCCCCCUCGCCACCGCCCCCCUGCUUGCCCUGCCCCGACCGGCUGGCCGCGCUCACAGGCCACUGUGACCGCGGCGAAGGCCCCCGAGACCACCCCGGGGGGCGCAGCCGAGAAGAAGGUGAAGCUGCUGGAGCAGCAGCGCUCUGA